AUGGAAAUACCAGAAAUUCCAAAUAUUCCAGCCCAAGGGUUUUUAAACAAUUUCCUUCAAGGAGACGGAGAAGCAGAAGAAAUCAAUGAACAAGCCGUUGCUCAAGCAAGGGACGCAAUGCUGAGACAAGCACGGCAGCAAGUCGAUACCGAAAUAUGUUUAAUUUGCAACCAGGAUAUCGUGAGAACCGAAUUCUUGGACCACCUCGAGCCAUGCGCCCAGCAAAACGGAAAAGAUGUCAAGGAGACACAUAUCCCUAAAUAUAGAUUCUUGUCCACGAACUACAUGCUGGACCAAAAAAUGUUUGCAAUCCGGGACGAGUUGGAAAUCGAGUUUCUUGAAGUUCUUUGGGAUAAAGAGACGGUGCACAAGAUGCAUUGUGUCCUGUGCAAGACAUACAAUGAGCACUUGAAUGGAGAUUGUGUCCCGAAUCUUCAAAAGCAGGCAUUUUUGCAAAAAAUGGAUCAAAUGCUAAAUUUGCAUAUGUGCUACUAUGAGACCCAUUUGGAGCUCAAAAAAGAACGAGAAAUCGAACAAAUCCGUCAAGCACAUGAAAACGAAUUUGAAAAGAUGAAAAAAGAAGUGGACCAACGUUUUCCAUCAGAUAACGUGAUUGCGGAACAAAAUCGCCAAGCGGAGUACAGAGAUUUCCGGGAGAGGGUAGCGGAGCCCAAUGCGAAAGAACUUCAAGAAUACAUGGCGCAUGCCAAUGAGGAAUAUCGGAGGCAAUACGAAUUUAAGAAGCGACAGGUCGAGGCAGUGGCGAGAAGAGAGGCGGGGCUCAUGGACCUGAACAAAGUCAUCGAGUAUCGAAAAAUCUUGAGGGACCAAGGAUGGGAAGCGGCGGAAGAAUUUGACAAAUCCACUUUUCCAACCCCACAAAAUGUUCCAGAUGCUCGAAAUGAGGAAACCAGAAAAUGGCUGGGGGCGAUUGGAAGGCGCCAAGAUUAA